AUGGCGAGUGUAAACUGCGGCGGUUGUUUAGCUAAUAUGGAUACUACAUCUUUGUUUAUGAAAUGUUACAGAUGCGAAACAGGUUAUCAUAUAUUGUGUGUUAAUGUAUCGGCACAGGAGUACAACUCUUAUUCUGACGAAUAUUUAGCGAGCUGGCUUUGCCCUAACUGUCUAUGUAAGGAGCCAAAACUUGGCAAUUCAAACACUCCAAUUUGUGCAUCCCCAACGGGUUUUUCUAAUAACAUCACAGCUCGCUCAACAAAACGGAAGGCCACCUUAUCACCAAAUGUUGAUAUUAACCAGGCUCCCACAGUAACUUCUAUUAAUAAUAACCUUGUUUCGCUUACCUCGGAAAUAAGAUUAUUGCGAGAAGAGUCCAACAGUAUUAAGGGAAUUAUGGAAAAUCUAUCGGCCUGCCUUCUCAAGUGCACUACAAAGCUGGAAUCACUUGAAACUCGCAUGGUAAGUGCUGAAAAAACUAUUCAAGAGGUUAAAACAUAUGGAUUAAAAGUGGCCGAGCUUACUGCGACUAUAUCCUCUCUCCAGGAUCAGAUCAAUUCUCAGGGUCAAUCCGCUAUUCGAAAUGAGUUAGAGAUUAUGGGACUCAAUGAAAAUCAAAAUGAAAGUCUUGAGCAUGUAAUACUAGUUAUCGCCAGCAAAAUCAGGGUGAGUUUGGUAUCGGAGGACAUCGAUUGCAUUAGCCGAGCAGGAUUAAGACAGCAGAAGCUUUUGACGUCAGAAAAUAAGCCCCCGCGCCCACUAAUUAUACGUUUCCUACGCAAAAACAAACGAGAUGAAUUCCUUAGAGCCUCUAGGACCAGGCGUGACCUCACUACUUCUGAUAUCGAAUUACAGGGCCCCACCAGAAAACUAUAUUUCAAUGAACACCUAACGAAACAUAACCGGUGGUUAUUUCGAGAGACAAGAACACGAGCUAAAGAGGCCGGUUACAAGUAUUGUUGGGUUAAGCAGGGUUACAUCCACAUCCGUAGACGGGAAGGAAGUCCUUCCAUCACGAUACGGAACGCCUCUGACUUGGAGCGUCAUCUCGGUCCUGAGGAAUUGGCUGCCACAGCUCCAGUUGGUAGCACCAAUCAACAAAUGCUGCAUUAG